UCGCGCAGUCGCUUCCGGUUGAAGACGUGGCCGCUGCCAUAUUGGAGCUGCAGUUAGUGAGACGCAGGGUUUGGGGCACGGCGGAUAACGGAUAGCAGACAGCUUCUUUUCGGCGGGGGCUCGCCUCGACAUACUGAGCUGGACCACCGCAGCCGGGAGCCGGAGCAGUCGGACUAAAAAUGGUGCUUUUGGCAGCAGCAGUGUGCACCAAGGCGGGCAAGGCCAUCGUGUCGCGGCAGUUCGUGGAGAUGACGCGCACACGCAUCGAGGGCCUCCUGGCCGCCUUCCCCAAGCUCAUGAACACGGGCAAGCAGCACACCUUCGUGGAGACAGAGAGCGUGCGAUACGUCUACCAGCCCCUGGAGAAGCUCUAUAUGGUGCUCAUCACCACCAAGAACAGCAACAUCCUUGAGGAUCUGGAGACCCUCCGGCUCUUCUCCCGUGUGAUACCGGAGUACUGCAGGGUGCUGGAGGAGAGUGAGAUCUCGGAGCACUGUUUCGACCUCAUCUUCGCCUUUGAUGAGAUUGUGGCACUAGGAUACCGGGAGAACGUCAACCUGGCUCAGAUCCGCACCUUCACUGAGAUGGACUCUCAUGAGGAGAAGGUGUUCCGUGCAGUCCGGGAGACUCAGGAACGUGAGGCAAAGGCGGAGAUGCGACGGAAGGCGAAGGAGCUGCAGCAGGCCCGCCGCGAUGCGGAACGUUCUGGAAAGAAGGCGCCAGGCUUUGGGGGAUUCGGUAGCUCGGGGAUGACAGGUGCCAAUGCCGGCUCUAUCAUCACAGAUACCCUCAUCGAGCCGGAGAAACCGAAGGUGACACCGGCACCCAUGAGAUCAACUGGUCCCAGUAAGGCCCUAAAGUUGGGUGCCAGGGGGAAGGAGGUGGAUGACUUUGUGGACAAGCUUAAGUCUGAAGGGGAAAACAUCAUCAUGCCCGGCACAGGGAAGAAGCUCUCGGAAGCUUCCAAAGUCUUGGCUGCCCCAGUCAACACAGAGAGCGUGCACAUGCGGGUCGAGGAGAAGAUCUCCCUGACCUGUGGGCGGGAUGGGGGCGUCCAGAACAUGGAGAUCCUGGGCAUGAUCACCCUGAGGGUGUCGGAUGAGAAGAACGGCCGCAUCCGCCUCCAAGUCAACAACAACGACAAGAAGGGCAUGCAGUUGCAGACCCACCCCAAUGUGGACAAGAAGCUCUUCACAGCGGAGUCAGUGAUCGGGCUAAAGAACCCAGACAAGUCCUUCCCCCUCCACAGUGAUGUUGGGGUGCUGAAGUGGAGGUUGCAGACCACGGAUGAAUCCCUCAUUCCUCUCACGAUAAACUGUUGGCCCUCUGAGAGUGGCACUGGCUGUGACGUGAACAUCGAAUACGAACUGCAGGAGGAGGGUCUGGAGCUCAACGACGUCGUCAUUGCCAUCCCCGUGCCUGCGGGUGUAGGAGCUCCCGUCAUUGGGGACCUGGAUGGAGAGUAUCGCCACGAUAGUCGCCGGAACAUUCUAGAGUGGUGUCUACCUGUCAUCGACAUCAAGAACAAGACGGGCAGCCUGGAGUUCAGUGUGGUCAGCCAACCUGGUGACUUCUUCCCAAUCAAUGUUUCCUUCGUCUCCAAGGCCAAUUACUGCGACAUCCAGGUUUCCAAAGUGUCUCAAGUCGACGGAGACAGCCCUGUGAGGUUCUCCAUAGAGACGUCGCUGGUGGUCGACAAGUAUGAGAUACUGUAAAAGAGACACCGUGGGGGUCGGGGAGGGGGGUGGAUCUGGAACUGGGCGGAACGGAACCGGCAAGCAGAAAGUGAUAUUGGCCUGUUCUGACGCAGUCUGCCCAUGGGGAGCAGCAUUUCACAAGCUGCCUUCUCCAUGGUUUGCCGUGUUGGCUGUGUUUGUACCUUUAUACAAUGUUGGGGGGGGAUUAAAAAAUAAUAAAAAAAACCUCAGGAAGAAGAAAAAUGUGCUGUAUCAGCAAAGAGGGGAUUGUGGUGGGGUGGUGGGUGGGCAAGUAGGAUAGAUUAAGGUGACGGUGGCAUGUGGGGGCAACACAUCUGCAUUAGUGAUCAAAAUGUUACCCGAACUGUGAAAGUAACACCGGAUGCUGCGUGGUAACAGGAGCUUCGGGGUCAUGUGGGAGCUUCGGGGUCAUGUGGGAGCUUCGGGGUCAUGUGGGAGCUUCGGGGUCAUGUGGCAGCAUCAUGUGGGAGCUUCUGGGUCAUGUGGUAUGGCAUAGGCUCACCUCCUGCCAUGAGCUAUGGAAACGCAGCGGACCGUGUGCUUGGGCUGUGUGAUGGGCUCUGAUUUCUCAAACACUACUAUAAAUACCACCUCUGCAUACGGCACAUCCCUCUAUCUGUCAGACACUCACAUGUUCAAAGAGACGGAGACCCCUCCCAUUGUGCCCAAAUCUGUCAUCCCCAGAGUAGAGGGGGGUUUGACAGAUGCUCUUUUAUAUAUAAAUUAAAGUUAUACACUGCUCUUCUUGAAUUAAAUUGUUAAAUGUGGCAUGUCCAUGAUACAUUUCUGUGCUGGUGUAUAAUUGCAGAAGCCAUUUUUCUUAGUUACUUUUAUUGUUGGGGAGCAGUGUGUUUUUCUCUCCGCUUGGAGGUGUUGGUUACACCAUGACCCAUCAGGUUUCCCCGUGUUGGUGUCUCCGCCAUGUUGUCAGUCCUAACCCCCCCCCCCCCCCCAAACUAAUGUUAUGUGAUACCAUGUUUAAGUUAAAAGACCGAAAAGCAAUUGCCUUGGUCAGGCAUUUGAGAUAUGUGGGUUUUUUUUCCCCUCCCAUAAAUGAGUGUCAUAGAGUUGAACCCCAGGCCCCCGUGGCCUCUGAUUGGCUGUUGUGCCUGUCAGUCAGAUUUCAUCACUGAUUUGCUUGAAUCGCACAUGACUUCUGCCUGACGGGCGUGGUGCUGUUGCAAGUCUGGUUGCAAAUUCGCUCUAAGAAUACACC